AAAUUGUUGUCCUCUUCAAGGGGUGCAAUAAUUUCGAAGCAGCCGAUAGUUUGGUAGUGAGUGAAGAAGGAGGGAGUAGAGUUUACCAGUGGAGGUUUGGCUCAUCCCCUUCUCCGCCCCCUCCCCGAGUGGCCGUGGCUGUAGUGACCGGGGGUUUGCAAACAGCGAGCGGCUCUAACUUUACAUCCGAGACUCUUGAGUCUGAGCCUCAGUGUGUGUGUGUGUGUGUGAGAGUGAGUGUGCUGGGGAGGGGAGAGCGCGCUGCACUGCGCAUGAGUGUCACCCACGGUGACUGCUAAUUGUCCGUUUUUUUUCUUUUUAUUUUUUUUUAAAGAGGCCCGAGCGCUUGAAGAUGGAUAGAAUAAAACCACGUAAUGUUCCAAGAAUUUUUCCCUUUGACUUCUGGCAUUUGGAACAAUAUCGAUUCUUUACAAGAACAAGCUGAAGUCCUCACAGAAGGAUAAAGUGCGUCAGUUUAUGGUCUUCACACAGUCCAGUGAGAAAACUGCAGUAUGUUGUUUAUCGCAGAAUGACUGGAAAUUAGACGUUGCUACAGACAAUUUUUUUCAAAAUCCAGAACUUUAUGUUCGUGAAAGUCUGAAAGGUUCAUUGGAUAGAAAGAGAUUAGAACAGUUAUACCAUAGAUAUAGAGAUCCGCAAGAUGAAAACAAAAUAGGGAUAGACGGUAUUCAACAGUUCUGCGAUGAUUUAGGAUUGGAUCCAGCCAGUAUCAGUGUACUGGUUGUUGCAUGGAAAUUUCGAGCAGCCACACAGUGUGAAUUCUCAAAACAGGAAUUCAUAGAUGGUAUGACAGAAUUAGGGUGUGACAGCAUAGAAAAACUGAAAAUCCUUCUGCCAAAGUUGGAACUAGAAUUAAAAGACCAAGCAAAGUUUAAAGACUUUUACCAAUUUACAUUCAACUUCGCAAAGAAUCCAGGCCAGAAGGGUUUAGAUUUAGAAAUGGCAAUUGCAUACUGGAAUUUAGUACUUGCUGGGCGAUUCAAAUUCUUAGAUAUAUGGAAUAAGUUUUUAUUGGAACAUCAUAAAAGAUCAAUACCUAAAGACACCUGGAAUCUUUUAUUAGACUUCAGCUGUAUGAUUGCUGAUGACAUGUCCAAUUAUGAUGAAGAAGGAGCAUGGCCAGUGCUUAUUGAUGACUUUGUGGAAUUUGCACGACCGCAAAUCACUGGGACAAAAAGUACAACAGUGUAGCAUUUGGGAAGCUUUGUCGCAAAAUGUACAUGGUGUGUACAGAAUGAAAAAUACAGCAAAUAAUGCACAGUCAUUUCACAAUUAGUUAAUAAAAUUCAGAUCAAUGGAUUGAAGUGAAGAUCAAUCCUUUUAUUCUAUCCAGAGGGUUGUUAACACCAAAAAGGACUUUUCUUCAAUCAUAUCGUAUUCAUUUAAUGGUGGUUUGGGCUUCUGUCUUAGUCAGGACCUCUUUAUGUAAUUUCAUCAACACUGAAUGCGAGUUCCGUCUGUAUAUUCUUUGGAAUCCCGUUUGGAGGACUUUUCUGAAAGGAUAAUUUUAUAGUGCUUUUUGACAUCAAGCACAUUGCUGCCUUCAGUUAGGAGCUGAACAGCAUUCUUGGACUCCGGAAAUCUGUGUUUGAAAUGGAAACCUCGAUUUGAUCAAAGUACUUUUUAAAUUAUGUAAACAGGCAGUUAGACCAUCACAGAAUCUUACUUUAGCUAAUAUUUCAGCUGUUUCUUGUUCUAUGGCAGAUUACUUGACAUUAAGUCUUACUUUCCUAUGAAGACUGGAUCAUACCAUGCCUAUGCACGAAAUUCAGUCCCGCUCCAUAAUGAAAGUGGCGAUAGAAUGGUGAAAUUCUACAAUUGAGAUCUGUGGUAUUUACUGUUUGUUUUUCUUUUUGACAAGAAUAAAGUUUCCCCACCCAAUCACCAUCUGAUAUUAAAAUAUUACUAAACAUAUUUAGGUCUGGUAUAAUAUAAGAGGCACCUUGUCACCAUUCUGAUCCUGGAUUUUGCAUCUUAGCCUUGGAUAUUUGCAAUAUGCAGCACCUUGGAAGGUAUUUCAGGUUUCCUUUCUAACUGCAGUAUGCUGUAGCUAAGAGUACUGAAUUAGGUUUUAUGCUGUUGACUCAGAGUAACUGAAAUUCGUUCACUUGUUCAACUUGGCCACUCUUAACAUAAAACAGACUUUCCUUUUUGUUAAUAUAUCCAAGAAAAUUUAUGGUAAGUGGACUAGAAAUACCUCUGUCUUUUCAUUGGGGUUUAUAGUCGUUCAUUUUGUUGAGUUUAAAAUAGUCUGUCCGCUAAAGAAAGUACUAAAGGCAAAUAUUUUACACCAGUUUUGAUCUUGCACCCUGGCUGAUAAUUCAUUUAUGUGCAAAAUUGAAUGCUUAAGUUGACUUGGCAACCAUCGCUGACAUUGGGGUUGGGAAAAAGAGUUGAACAUUUGUAUUUGUGAGAGAUAAAUUUUCACACUUCUGUGCUCAGCAGCUUUACCUGUAGUUUCCCGAAUAACUUUCUCACAGGUUGCCAUGUCUAUUGAUCAUUUCCUCUAUACAUAUCAAUACGUUUGUAGAGGAUAAUGAAGUUUCAAAAACUAAUUUCUCAGGUCAGUGUUCCAUUGAGUUUUAAGAUGAGCCUUUUUUAACAUAGAGACAGGAGUUUAAAAUAUGCAGAAAACCAUUUAAGUAGUUUUCAAAUCAUAUUCUUGCUGUAAAUGCCUCCCAUGUUGGUCUAAUGAUGCAUUUUUCAGGUACAGCUGGAAGUGACUGUAGUCAUCAGGAUGUUUGGUUUUUUUAUUACAUAUCCUUGAUCUGGAUUUCAUACUCUGGUCUUCAGUAAAAACAGCCUGUAUGUUAUGCCCUGUGCUAAUUUCAAAUGCAUUUUAAAAUUGUUUAAUAAACUUUAAUUUAUAGGUGUUUUGAUGUUACACUGCCAUCGAAUGCAGUUGACUUUCAAUCAGUUUUCACUUACCUAUGUUUUGAAUGCUUAAACUGUUACAUGGUUCCUUUCAUUUAUUUGUGAUAUACAACCUAUGCAGAGGCAUGUCAAUUAGGUUCCACAGUUUGUUACAUACUCCAGUAAUAUUUUGUUUUCAACCAUUUUAUUAAUUCAAGUGAAACUUGUUAAUCAAUAUUGAUGAAGCGAAUACACCUAAAGAGUAAAACAAGCCUGCUCAUCUUGCUUAGAAUACUGGAAUUCAAAAUGCAGACCUUAUUUGAGCAGAAUGCUGUUUUUGUCAAAAGUUAAUGACCUGGUAAUUUGAGCUUUGCCACAGUUUUGAAACUGAAGAGUUUCUGGUAUACUUUAAUUCAAUAUUAUUGGAUAAUUUAAAAUGUUUUAAUUAUGUUCUGGUUUCUAAUUCCACAAUGUCAUAAAAAAUCAAAGACAUUUAUCAAGUCAUACAACAUGGAAACAGACCUUUUGGUCCAAAUCGUCCAUGCCAGUCGUUCAAAUGAUCAUAAAAGGCUAACCCCGUUGUAGAAAAUCUGCUUCCUAAUUUUAAUUUGGGAAUUAUACUUUUGUUUUUCUUGAAGAUGCAUGGUACAUUUUAAAGUGCAGUUCUACUGUUUUUAUUUUGGUGACACUAAGUUGCAGACUUGAGUCAACCCUAAUUAAAAUAAGUAAAUGGAAAAUACAGCUUUGUGCAGAUUUUCUCUAAAUUGCAUUUUAUACUGUGCAAACAUGAUGUACUUGAGUACUGUAUGAACUAUGGAGUCAGCUAGGACUCCACUAUCAUUUGCACAUGAGAUUAAAAGAUUCCUAAGAAGGCUUAGCUGUUAAAAUAAGGUUACAUGAACAUUAUAAACAAAACAUUUUAAAGCUAAUGUUAAACAAUGAUUUUUGGAUAUGGCUUGAAUUUAGGUACUUCUGAUGCCAAUAUAGACUUUUAAAUCAAGAUAUGAAAGAUAAAUCUAUUUAAAAUGGUAGAUUGAUUUGUUGCUCACCACUGCAAUCUCUUUGCCUGCUUCUGUAGAAAUUCAGUUUACUAAUACAGUAAAUAAUUUUAUAUAAAAUAUGCAAGAACUCAAUGCACAAGUCUUUUUAUGGACUGAGCAGAGCUGGAAAUGGACCUCAUCAGGUCUGUAAUGUCUGCACAUUUUUUUGUUGUGUCCUUUUAUAUUGGUCUUGAAGCUUCUUUUCUUUGUUUUUAUAAAAUCACAGUUGCAGUGAAAAAUUUCUCCUUCACCAAGCCAUUUAUUAAGCAAGAUUCUAAUGCAAAUGCUUUUCAGUUGGACAUGCAAACCUUUAAUGGAUUGUGAGCCUUUUUGUGUCUAAGCGCACAGCUGGAAUUUCAUCACGAUGAAAUCUUCACCCCUCUUGAGUAAUCAAAUGUGUAUGAAGGAGAAAUAUCACAGUUUUUUUAGUUUGUGUUAACUUGAAAAUACAUCAACAUGCACAGAGAGGAGCAAGCAAGAUGGCGAAUUGUUGGUGAGUAACUAAUCGUGCAGUUUUGAGCAGGAUUUAAGUUCCACCUUCAAAAUGAGGCUGAUGUCUUAUUCGUGCUUUCCCAUAGGAAUGACCUGAACAUUACCUUGCUUUAUCUUUGGAUUAUUCUCCAGCUUUCAAACAUGAUGGAAAAUCUUUGUUGACUGAAUGUUCUCACUUGUCCCUUGUGGGAGAAUUCUCUGUUUUCUUGAUUGGUGGGAAUGUAUUUCAAAUGAGAAAGGUACUUAUCCAUAUGUUUGUGCAUGCCAGACCUGUUUGUUGUAGAAAAUGCACUUCCUCUUUUCUUGGUGUGUUUUAAGAAAAACAUCAGAAUAUUUGAUUUUGAUCCUUGGAAAUAUUUAUAGACUUAAAAGAAUUAAAUGCAGCAUUAUCAAUUUUUUUUGAAUUGUUGAUGGUCUUGGGAAAUUUGAUAUCCAGUUAGUAGUCUUUGUAUUUCUAUUUGGUUUACCCAUCAUUUAGUUCUUCCAUGCCACAGCAAUUUCUAACUAGGGAUAGACAAAGAUCUACUUUCAAAACUUUUUAUCAAUUUUUAAGCUUACCAUUAGUUUGUUAAGUCAGCCUAACAGCUUUUCUCAUGAAGAAACUGCUUGUAUUUAGAACCCAAACUCAACAUACCUGCUACAGUUAUACAUUGGAGCUUGCAUCUUGUAAUUUCGUCAUGUUGUGUUCCCAAAAUGCUCAUUAAUUGGAAAUGUUUUCAUGAAAGUUAGUAGUGUUUCUGAAUUCAUGAACAAUGCUGGUGUAACUAACUAUUGCACUGAGCUACUCAUAGCGAUUUCAGAUUGCACCAAAACUGUUCACUGACAGAUUUUGUACCAGACACAAACUUUUAAUGUCCCCUUCAGAAGCUUGAACCUUCUUGUUUUCUAUUUCAGUGUUAUACACUUUGUCUGCACAUUUUGUCUGUACAUUUAAACAAAAAUAUGAUUGCAGUUAUGGCAUGAUGCACAUUUUAAUAUCAAAGCUGACUUAAGUAACACAACUACCAUAGUUAUUUAAGGUGCUUAGUCACUUGAAGGGAUGAGUGGUUUCUUUAAAAUUGCCAUUGGAUUAAGGAAUGCUAAUCAUAAAAAAUGGGAAGGUGGGGCAUUUAGAAUGGUAAAUUAUCCUUUGUUUUAAAAAACAGAAACUUGCAACUCCCUUUUAAAAUUUCCUUAAUGAAUGCUCAAACUUUCUUUAAACAGCUACAUGAAAAGCGGAGAUCUUGUUUUCAAGGGCAAUAUAGACACGUAUCUGUUGACCCAUUACAGAAUCAUCUGCAAUUUUUAUGUAGUGUGCCAAAACCAUGGUCUGUCUUCGCUUGUCAUAGAAUAAACCAACAUGUUUCAGUGUAUUUUUGUCCUGUUUGGCCACAUCCUUGAAUAUGACUUGAAAAGGGUACUUCUGUUCCUUUGGUGGUAUUUUAAGGAUAAUGGAGAAUUGAGCAUUUGUUCAAACUGAACAAUUGUUAACUGUGAAGUCUUCAUCCUCUGGUAUGGGACAGGGAAACAGUAUUGUAAUUCAGGCCUAAUAUAGUGCUUUGUACGUAUUGCAAUUCUGUACACUUGUAGGUAGUACAUUUUAGAGUAUUGAAAGCUUAUUUAGAAAGAGCUUGUUUAAAUGGAUGUCUUGUAAAUUAUGUAAAAUUUUUAUCUCAUUAUGGGCAAAUGUAUUGUAAAUUGACACAAUGAAAAUCUACAGGGUCCACUGAGAAAUGCCAAUAAAAGGGUUGUAAAAAUAUCAAUUUAUAAGAAUCUCAUUGCCUGUUUGCUAAGCAUUGAAAAAAUCAAGAAACAUGUUCUGGAAUUGAGGUGUAAUAAAUCCUGUGGAUCAAAAGUUGGACGCUCAUGUUAAAUGUCCAAAAUAAAUGUGUGGGUAACUGCCUUUUUUCAAGAG